CGGGAGGCAAUCUCGGCCACGACAUUCACCUAUAUAGACUUGCUGUGUCCCGAAGGCCAGACAAUCUUGGUUGAACUUCCCAACCAGUUCCAAUUGACCAGUUCAGUUCUCUCGGGGUCCUUCAGCCAUGCUGAGUGCGGCGAACAAGCCACGCGCCAUCAACCCUGUGCGCAGCACCGAGGGAGAGAGGAGAGUGCUGAAACGACUUUCAUCCGAGAGCCUCUUCCUUCCGCCCAUCUCGCCUUCACAGAAGGAAGCCGCUGAAAACGAACUCUCGGCUGCCCUCGUGGCCGAGCUAUCCGGCUCCGACGGGGAUGACGAGACGGUCCUGUCUCAAGUCGACACGCUGAUAGUAAGAGGUGCCGGGAUUGCUCGCCUCGAUGGACUCCACUCGGUGGAUUUCCGCUGGCUGAGGAGCCUGGAGGUGCUGUCUCUGUCGCACAACGCCCUCACGGACAUCUGUCCAUUGCAGCACCUCGUCAGGCUGAGGUCGCUGAACCUCAACUUUAAUCAGCUGAGGGAUCUGUCGCCAGCCUUCGAGUGCCCCCAGCUGGAGUCGCUGUACGCCUCCCACAACCAAGUGAUGUCCAUCAAGGGUAUCGAGGCUUGUCAGGAGCUGCAGGCGUUGUGCCUGUUUCGGAACAGCCUUGCCGACCUGGGAAAGGUGAUUGAGAGCCUAAGCACCCUUCCAUUGUUAGAGCAGCUGGACCUCAACGGCAACCCCUGUAUGGGGACUACUCAGUCAUCAGAGGACCACACAUCGACACAAUCCACCAGCCCAUCAACACGACCCUCGGCGGCCGUACCCGGCCGCGUUACUCCGGCAUGUUUCGCCCUGCCGGCUGCUGCCGUGUCUGCUCCCUCGUCCACCUGUCAGUACCGGGUUAUCGCGGCCGUGCCCUCGCUGAUCAAGUUGGAUGAGAUGGAGGUGGAUGAGUCCACUCGCAGAGUGGCGGAGCGGUUCGUCCAAUGUGGCAAGAAGGAGGCAAAAGACCAGGGGGAUGGAGACAAUGACUGCGGCUCUUGGCUUCGUGAUCUCCCGCGGCCCUCUACGGCACCGGCCAAGGAGCCGGUCAUCACAUCAGAAGGGCGACAUGUGUCUAUCGGCAGUGAGUCGGCAGAAGAAGACAUCCAGGACAUGAAUGCAGAAGAGAGCGUGGAAACGGGUGGUCUUGAAGCACUGCGGCAGCAGAUUCGCGUCCUGGAGGCGAAGGUCACCUCUCUGGAGGUUGAGAACCGCAAUGUCUACUCACUUAUGGGGGAGAACCGGCGUCUCAAACAGCAGAUCGACGAGGGGCAGACUGACGAGUGUGAUGACCUGCCUGCAGCCAGCAGUGAGGAUACUGAUGAUGUGUCGAGUCUGCGGCUGGAGAACAGGAUGCUGCGUAAGCGCCUGGGCAGGACGGUCGAGCACGUUGGGCAGCUCAGAAAUGACCUGUAUGAGGCGCGGUUGGGCAGGAAGCUUAGACCGGUAUGCAAAUAUCCAAACAUGUGGUGGAUCCAUCCAAUCAUGUCUCAUCUUUGUGUGCUCGUGUUCAGAGAGCAGACACGGGCGAUGAAUCGUCCUCGAUCCCACGGCCCUUCACUGCCAAUGCGGAAUCCUCUAAUUGCAUGGGUAGCAGGACACAGCCGUCUCUCGACUGCUCUCCAGGUGCCCGGCGAAGUCGGCGUGCCAGCUCUCUGGUCACCAUCCAGGAGGACCAGCCCGUGUCGAUCGACGAUGCAGCUCCGGCUAGCCCAAAUGGCUCUGGCGGAGGGAGCGAUGACGACAUAGAGGCAAUGCUGAAACGAAAUGCAGCAAACCUGGAGCUGCUUCAGCGGUCAUUGCACGAGACAGAGGCACUGUUCAGUCGUCCGCAGACGGCGCAGCCGGACGGCCGGAUCCAGCCACCGCAAAUGCCGAUGUUGCCACCAAACGCCAACCCCUCGCCGAGGAGACGGCCCUCCUCGCCUCAACAUAAGACGCCCACGGCUGCCCCGCCGAGAUGUCGCACCGCCCCUGAGAAGGGAAAAAGGCCGCGGGUCUCGGCACAUGACGAAGGGGCAUAUUGUGGCGUGUCGGCGCUGGAGAUGGACGUGCCCGACGUUGAGUUGACGGGCAGCGAUGGGGCUGCGUUGUUUGUGGGUGAUACGGGUGAGGUGCUGCAGCUUAAUGGAGGGGUUGGCGGGGUGGAUGGGGUGGAGGGGAUAAGGGCGAUGAUUGAGGGAUACAAAAGACUCACUGGGGCACCGAUCUAAUGCAUGAUUGUUGUUGACUGGUUGUCUGCAUACUGCUGGAUGUGCGAGACUUGAUCCAAAGCAUGAAGCAUGCUCACAUUCAGUCCGAAU